GGUUGGGGGAUCAGCUGGUCCAUCUGGAGGAAUUUUGCACCAAACAGUUUUUGCUUCGGAUCUGACUGCACCACAGAGAUUCAGGACUCGGGGGACCCCACGCAGGACCCCUGACUCGUCUUGUCCGUUGGGGUAUGGCCAUAGCUGUGCGCUCCAGGACAGGGUUCUACCGGCAGGAGGUGAACAGAACCGUGUGGGAGGUGCCGGAGAGGUAUCGGGAUCUGAAGCAGGUUGGAACGGGGGCCUACGGGACCGUCUGUUCUGCUUGGGACCGACGCUCAGGAGCUCAGGUUGCCAUUAAAAAGCUCCACCGGCCYUUCCAGUCCAAGCUUUUUGCCAAACGGGCCUACAGAGAGCUGCGGCUCCUCAAACACAUGAAGCAUGAAAACGUGAUCGGGCUGUUGGACGUUUUCACCGCUGAGAUCUUGCUGGACCGGUUUCGGGAUUUUUACCUGGUGAUGCCCUUCAUGGGCACCGACCUCGGUAAGCUGAUGAAGGUGGAGAGGCUGUCGGAGGACAGAGUUCAGUUCCUCGUUUAUCAGAUGCUCCGAGGCCUCAAGUAUAUCCACUCUGCAGGGAUCAUCCACAGGGAUCUUAAACCUGGAAAUUUAGCCAUCAACCCAGACUGUGAGCUGAAGAUUCUGGAUUUCGGCUUGGCCAGGCAGGCCGACGCUGAGAUGACGGGCUACGUAGUGACCCGCUGGUACAGAGCCCCUGAGGUCAUCCUCAACUGGAUGCACUACACGCAGACCGUGGAUAUCUGGUCGGCGGGAUGCAUCAUGGCAGAGAUGCUGCUGGGGAAACCGCUGUUUAAAGGGAACGACCAUCUGGACCAGCUACGAGAAAUAAUGAAGAUUACGGGAACCCCAACCCCUGAUUUUGUGGUGAAGCUGCAGAGCCAGGAUGCGAGAAACUACAUCAGGAGCUUACCCAARGUCCCAAAAAAAGACCUGCACUCCAUUUUCUCCAAAGCCAGCUCAAAUGCGGUGUGCGUCCUGGAGAAGAUGCUGCUCUUGGACCCCGAGUCCAGGGUGAGCGCGUCGGAGGCCCUGGAGCUGCCCCUGUUCGGCGAGUUCAGAGACGUGGAGGAGGAGACGGAGGCCCUGCCCUACGAUCAGACCCUGGACAACACCGACCUGCCGCUGGACCAGUGGAAACGUCACACUUUUACUGAGAUCCUGACCUUCAGACCUCACAGAGACUCCAGAGAAACGUCACUUUAAGAGACAAAAACCUUUAUGUUUCACACAAACAGAAAUAUUUUUACCUUUUUUUCUGUUUUAGUUAUGAUAAAUAUUGACUUACAGAUUUUUUUGUCAAUAAAUGAGGUUUGUGUAAAUUUCAUUUAAACUCUGUAUGAUGAAAGGCAUUUAGUUUUGUAAAUGUAUUUGUUAACUUUAUGACAAUUAUCUUUUUAUACAAACUGAAUUGUAAGAAAUGUUAUGAUUUAAAGCUAUAUUGUACAAUARUUGACUAAAAAACUAAUUAGAUCAUUUAUAAGAAAGUAGUUUGAAAUGUUAGUUUUUGUUUCUAUUUGUAAUUUUUCUUUGUUAUAUUAAACCAUGAGUAAUUUU